AUGGCGAACCAGGCGCCAAGUAACUCCGUCUGGAGUGCAAUGGAAUACAAACCGCCACGAGGUCGCUGCAAUUUCAAAACAUCGAUUCUAUCGUCCUGUCCAUGCUUGAGAUUCAUGUUGCAUCCCGUCAAGGCCGCGACCAGCUUUGAUUGCGAUGGCUGCAAUCAUCAUGCGUCCUUCCAUAGCCUCGAGAACACAGCCGAGGACGCCGUGCUCAAGAAGUGGUCCGAACAAGAAGCGCAGGACGCGAUCAAGGACGCCACAGAGGGCGCAAGUAACAGGAAGCGCCGUCGAAUCGCAGAGAAGCCAGCAGAGGAGAUCCGGAUUCUGGAGCUUAGCGACGACGACACGCAUUCUGCUACCACCAUCACGUCGACGACUCGGAAGCAGACGGGCAAGCAGCGCGUUGUGAAGGUACCACAAGGCCCAUCCAGGCGUGCUGCUUAA